AACUUUCCAUGCGUCAGUGGACCACAUCGAUCUCGGCGCCAACCAAAGACUGACAGAUAAAUUAUAGGACUCGUUGCAGAUACAUUGGCGCAAACGUACAAAUUACCUCUCUCGACACACCCAGAUGGGCCACUUACGAUGCAUGAAAUCUCGUUAUUCGAUGAGGCAACUGAGACAGUUUCAUUCUCAGCCGACUUUACACAAGCGUUCAUGCAAUAUGUGCAGCCGCGCUGUCAGCUGAUGGUCGAAUCAUGGGACACCGUAUGGCCUAUGACGCAGCCGUCGACCAAAGGGUCUCCCAAAGUCUCGUCGAUCUGUAUGUCGUCAACGCGAUCAAGACAGAUGCCGCGUGGUACGUAGAACAUGGCGUGUUUACGCACAAGGCCAUCGUGCAUAUGGAGGAUGCAGCUUUGUCGGCAGCUUUGCCUCGCCUAGAUGAGUUGCUCGCUGGGAUGGAGGUUGAGCCAUAUGUGUCGUCGCCCAUCAUAUCGGAUAAGUGCUGGGAGGAAUUUCGCAAGACGUUGCCUGUCUACAGCUCCCCUCAUGCUGAGGUGCCAGUACAGCCUACCUUGAUUUUGGAGCAAGCUCGACUUUGAAGCUCUGGGUCGCUAUCAUUAGCCUUGCACAAAAAUAUGAUGCUCGUAAUUAGUUAAAUAUCUGGGAAACGCCAAUGGCAUGCUCUACGUAAUGCUAUCCGGGCCUAAGAUAGAUACUCGUCCCAUGAAUAUAUUCGCCGGAGUGUUUGCGGAAGU